UGCUGUUAGAAAGCUGUUCCGUUUCUUCAUAAACCCUAGCAAACUCCUCUCUCGCAAUUCAGCACAGCUGAACACUAACCAAUCCAAGAAGAAGAUGAAUUAAUCAAAAAUGUGUUGUGUUCUGGCCUCAGUACCAAGAUAAGGUUUUUCUUAGUCUAACUCUUAAGAUGACUAAGUAAAUCAGCGUGCUUUGUUAUUUGUUGGUGGAGAAUAUGAUGGGGUCUAUAAGUGAUUCCUCUUGUUUGAAAGGAUUUGAUUUAUGCACCGCCAAGCCUCGUAAUGGCGCCAUGACCGGGUCAUCCAAUAUUUACUUACAUUGGAGAGCAACUAGUGGUUCCAGAAGACAUGGGUUUUUGUUCAAGUGUAGAGGCCAACAAAGAACAGUGUUGGUUGAAAAGGUUAAUGGGAAUAGAAAAGCAGACCGAAAUUUGGAAAGGUCUUUACCUGGUGGUGUUUACAGGAAACCAAGAGAAACGAAUGUGGUAUCACACCGACCUCCUACUUCAGUUUUAUUCUCGGAGGGUCCUUUCAUUGACAAUAGUGAGGAUUCCAACAAUGAUAUCCUUCAGAGUUUUUGUAGCCAUGGUAAAUUAAUGGAAGCGUCGAAUCUUAUUGAUGUGAUGUCUCGUAAAAGUCAAGUUCCCAAUUUUAAUACCUGCGUAAACGUAAUUCGCGGCUUGAUCAAAGUUGGUCGGUUGGAGAAAGCAAUGAAAGUAUUGCAAGUUAUGGUUAUGUCUGGUGGGGUGCCAGACAUAAUCACUUAUAAUAUGUUGGUUGGUGGUCUGUGUAAAAAAGGACAGAUAAGAGCAGCUAUGGAUGUUCUUGAGGACAUGGGUUUGAGUGGUUGUUCGCCUGAUGUGAUCACAUAUAACACCAUUCUGAGGCGCAUGUUCGAUCACAAUCAGUAUGACCAGGCAAUACGAUUUUGGAAGGACCAGCUAAGAAAGGGGUGUCCUCCGUAUCUGAUCACUUUCACUGUGCUUAUCGAGCUUGUUUGUAGGCACUGCGGUGCAGAACGAGCAAUGGAGGUUUUGGAGGAUAUGUCGAUGGAGGGUUGUUAUCCCGAUAUAGUCACUUAUAAUUCUCUGAUUAAUUCUACGUGUAAGGAAGGGAAAUAUGAAGAAGCUACCUUCAUUAUCGUUGAGCUUCUAUCACGUGGGAUGGAGCCAAAUUCAGUCACUUACAACACCCUUCUCCAUUGCCUUUGUAGCCAUGGGCAUUGGGAUGAAGUGGAUGAGGUCCUCUCAAUUAUGAAUAAGACUUCCAAUGAUGCUACUCUUGUCACUUACAAUAUCUUGCUGAAUGGUCUAUGCAAAAAUGGGCUUUUGGAUCGGGCUAUUGACUUCCUAGAUCAAAUGGUUUCUCGGGAAUGUACUCCUGAUAUCAUUACCUACAAUACUCUUCUUGGGACCCUUGUUAAGGAGGGAAUGACAGAUGAGGCGUUAAACAUAUUUCUAUCGUUAAGACGCAUCGGCUGUUCUCCUGUUCUGAUCACUUAUAAUACCUUGAUUGAUGGAUUAGCUAAGAAGGGUGAUAUGGAGAAAGCAAUGGCUCUAUUCAUUGAGAUGAACGAGCAUGGGGUUACUCCUGAUGAUAUUACUUUUCAUUCUUUGGUUGCGGGGUUUUGCCGGGUGGAUCUGGUGACAGAGGCAUCGGAGAUGUUGAAAGAAAUGGACAGAAGAAACCGUAAGAUCAGAACUAGUACGUACGGUGUUGUAAUUCAGGGAUUAUGCAAAAAUGGUAAGGUGGAAAUGGCUAUUGAAGUUCUAGAUAUGAUGGUAUCUAGUCGAUGCAGGCCUAAUGAAAUAAUUUACGCUGCCCUAGUUAAUGGAGUUGCUGCUGCCGGUAUGACAGAAGAUGCUACGAAGCUACGUAAUAAACUGAUCGAACGGAAGGUACUUAAGGAAGAUACAGAGACGGAAUAGACAUGGCAUUAAGAGUUCUACGAAUUUGCAGUCUACAGAUUUGUUGGGCGUCAGAAUACUGGGAUUGCAAUUUGCAUCUUUCCAGCUAUAUCUGUUUGAAGAGGUAAUUGGCUCAAUUUCAGUAUCCUGUUGGCAAUCUGUUGCCAACAGAAAAAAGUUCUGUAGAUCUGGUUCAUAUUUUCAGAAGUUGUAUUAUAUGUUAUGUAGACAACUCUGUGACAAGUUAAGAAUAAAAUUCUAGUUUUAUGGAAUUCGCUCUCUUUUAUAA